AUUCGUUACCAAGAAAUGAAGAUAGUUAGAUGGCUUCGACUGGUGUGACAAACGAUCCAUCUACGUGCAUGGAGUGUGUGAAUACUGAGGGGGGAAGGCCGGCCACAUUUCAUCUGUGCGUACACAAUGCCAAUGCGGUUGGGUUACGCUCAACGUUCGGUCCGAUUGCUCGUUACGCUGUGGUUGUACGGUUCCGGUCAACCGCCAGUGGCCAGGCCGAGCAAUUGCUCGGCCGCACAAAGCUUCUUCGCUCACACCUUCACUCAUUGAAAAUAGUAAGUGAUUUGAGGGUUGAAGCAUACAUUUGAUCGUAUAAAUAUGAUCGGAUGUUUCAAAUUUUUGCUCGUUUUAUUAUAACUCUAGAGUCGUUAGUCUGAAUGCCGGACUAUGUAGAAUUUUCCUUUGAAGUUUUUGUACAAGAACAAUGUUAUUGGUCUGUACCACAAAUUUUUUUUUUUUCCUGUCUGUACCACAGGUUAGGAAACAAAUAUAUAGCAAAAAUACUGGAAAUAAUUGAUACAAUAUUAUGAUAGGUCUUCACUGCCCAUUGUUUUAUUAUUAUUAUUAUUAUUUUUUAUUUUAUCGUUUGGGUUACGGCAGUUAAUAUUAAAAGUUGACAUUAAAUAUAUCAUGUUGUCAUUGGAGUCAUUGACCAUGCAACUAUUAAACUCACGCUAAUACUAUACAACAAUACAACCAUCAAACUAUAUAUUAUUUUUUACCCCAAAAAAAUGGUUGCGUUACAAAGGAAGUCAACACUCUAAAUGCUAUAUUACAAGAUAAGCAUCAAAGUUCAUAUGCAUAUCUGACUGAGAGUCAAAUAAAUAAUGGUUUAGUGGUAGAGAGUUGAGAGAAACAUAUCAGUAUGGAAGAGGUGCCAAUGCCAGAGGGAGGUGAAAGGAGAUGGGUGGUUACAAGGGGUGUCUUUGUGGGAGAGCUGAAGAAGGUGAGCUACAUUGCGGCGCCGAUGGUGGCUGUGACAGUAAUGCAGUACCUCUUGCAAGUCAUAUCAGUGAUGAUGGUAGGACACCUUGGUCAGCUCGAGCUUUCCAGUGUCGCCAUCGCCACCUCUCUAACCAAUGUCAGCGGCUUCAGUCUUCUUUCAGGAUUGGUGGGUGGAUUGGAAACUCUAUGUGGUCAAGCUUAUGGGGCACAACAAUAUCAAAAGCUUGGAAUCUACACUUAUAGUGCCAUCAUCUCUCUCGUUUUGGUGUGUUUCCCGGUCUCUCUCUUAUGGAUCUUCAUGGACAAACUGUUGAUUCUCGUAGGCCAAGACCCUUCAAUCUCACUUGAAGCAUGCAAAUACUCCAUUUGGCUCAUCCCAGCUCUGUUUGGUGGUGCAAUUCUUAAACCUCUAGUCCGAUACUUGCAGUCCCAGAGUUUAACUCUUCCAAUGCUUGGAAGCUCCUUCAUUGUUCUGUGUUUACAUUUACCUCUCUGUUGGGCUCUCAUCUUUAAGUUCAAAUUGGGAAUUCACGGAGCGGCUAUAGCCAUCAGUUUAUCCACUUGGUUGAAUGUGAUAUUGCUUGGAUUGUAUGUGAAGUACUCUGCAACCUGUAAGAAAACUCGAAUGCCUUUCUCAAAGGAUGCCUUCUUUGGUAUCGGGGAAUUCUUCAGUUUUGCUGUCCCAUCUGCUGUAAUGGUUUGUCUUAAGUGGUGGUCACUUGAGCUACUUGUUUUGCUGUCAGGCCUGUUACCAAAUCCAAAGCUUGAAACUUCAGUACUAUCUAUAUGCCUUACAAUCUCUACACUGCACUUUACCAUACAAUAUGGAUUUGGGGCAGCUGCAAGUACUCGGGUUUCGAAUGAACUGGGAGCUGGGAAUCCUCAAGCCGCUAGAGUGGCUGUUUGGGCUGUAAUGGUUCUUGCUGUCAGUGAGUCGAUUAUUGUGAGCAUAGCUCUCUUCUGUUGCCGGUAUGUUUUGGGGUAUGCUUACAGCAAUGACAAGCAAGUUGUGAAUUAUAUUGCUGUGAUGGCUCCCUUGAUUUGUCUCUCAAUUGUCACGGACAGUUUACAAGCCGUUAUUUCUGGUAUUGCUAGGGGGAGUGGGUGGCAGCAUAUUGGUGCCUAUGUCAAUAUUGGGGCGUUUUAUCUUGUUGGAACUCCGGUGGCUGUCAUACUGGGAUUUUCUCUGCAUUUAAGAGCAAAGGGCCUUUGGAUUGGAAUCGUGAUCGGAUCCAUUGUACAAUCUACCAUUCUCUCUGUUAUAACAGGAUUCACAAAUUGGCAAAAGCAGGCAACCAAGGCAAGGGAGAGGAUAUUUCAAGGUAGAUCUUUGGGAGAUGAUGAAAAUUGAAUGAGAAAAGGAAAAAAUUUACAUGGUACCAGCUUAGCUAAAGAGAAAGGACUUCCUAUAGUACUUAAAAAAUCAUUUCACUGUAAUGUACAUAAAGUUCUUUAGAUAUUUUUUUUUUUCCCUUUUUUGAUGUCCCAUAGAAGUGAAGCUAUUCCAUUUUGAUUUACAUUUGGUGAAUAUUUCAUAUAGUUUGUAUCGUUUAUUUGUAAUUGUACAAAAUCUA